AUGGCGUCGAUACCCAUUCGCCUCUGGAAGGGAAAAGGCCUGUCUUCGGUUCCACCCUCUUCGUCUCCGGUCAUCUGUCUACCCUCGAGAUCUCUCCCGCGAGACUGCUCCAGAGCCAGGACGUUUCAGGGCGAAGCCAAGGCCCUGGCAAGCGAGGUGCUCUUCGCUGUCCCUCCUGUUCCGCGUGACGGCAGGCAGCCGCCAGCGUCGUCUCUUGCUCGGCUGCCGCCUGUGUGCCGGAGCCGAGCUCUUUUUCCCAGUGCCGAUGGGAGGGGCAGAGUGGACACAUCGGAGAGAGGGACAGCCGCAGGCGAGAGAGAAGACGGGAGAGGGAAGGGCGGGAACGAGACUGGGAAAGGGGAAGGUCAAACCGCGCAAGUUCCGGGACGCCGCUGGGCCACCGUCGGCGACAGGGACAGCCCCAGGUGUGCCGCGAACACCCACUUGAGCUGGCCAACCCGUCUCCCUCAUCCGCUGAAAGACAGGGCCCGAAAAAUAUCCUCAGCCAGGCUGGGCGAAGCCAGACGCGUGCCUCUCGAAAGACGCAGGUACUUCUCCGUCGCGCUCCGCCGCUGUCACAGCUCGACAGAGAGAGACAUCGUUUUUUCCAUCUUUCCGCGGAAGUCUCCAGAGUCCGCCGGAGACGCUGGAGAUGCCUCGGAGCACAAGGCAGAGAGGGAGCGCAGCCUCUGGGAGGGGCGACGAGUGCAAGAGAGAGGGGUGAAGCAGAAAGCGGGUGGAUGGAGAACUCCGGAGAGAUGUGGGUCUCUGGGAGAGCGGCGGCGUGGGAGCGGCUCACGUGCGCUAGGGGAGGGACUGAAGAAGCCGACAGACGUUUCAGGUUCACCGGAGAGAGGAGAAAGAGAGGACAAAGGGAGACAAGAUGGGAUUUUGUGUGAUGGAGGGGAAGCGGUGAAGGACGUGAAAGACGCAGAGGGAGAUGCUGACACACUUGCGUGGACGCAAGAGCAGGAUGAAAUGAAAAGGCAGCUCGAGAAGCUUCUGUCGACGCCCAAGCACGUGGCGCUGUGGCUGAACGCCUUGGCUGGUCAGCUGGAGCGCAUGCAACGGAGACAGAAUCAGCCGCCGAACAGACGGGAGACGCUUGCCGAAGAAAAGACUCAAGGGGGACUCUGGCAACUCAUUGUCGACGCAGCGGCAACCGCCAGAGCGACCUGUGACAAAACACACGGGGGUACCAGACCAGAGGUGACUGACCUACUGCGUCACGGGACAGAUCGCCCACGCAGUCACUGUACGUCCGAAGGACGUCUAUCCACGUCGACGAUUUCCUCUUCUGCGCCGUCGCCUUCGUCGUCUUCUGCUUCUUCCUGUUCUGUUCUGUCUUCUUCUCACUCGUCUUCUUCUCGCUCGUCUUCUUGUCACUCGUCUGCGUCUUCGGUCUCGUUGUCUUCCGCUUCUGCUCGUCGCACGGCCUGUUUCUGGACUUGGGCCGCUGAGCUGCUUUGCCGGCGUCAGCGUGCAGAAGGUGAGGGAGGCACCCGCCGGCCAGACACCGAGCAGUCCGUGCGGGGCUCAUAUUCCUCUUCUCUCUCAGUCUCCUGCCCCGCGUCUUCUUCUCUCCUCCCUCACUCUCCGUCGUCUGUUCCGUCUCUUUCUGCUUCCUCUUCUGGUUCUCGUCCGUGCGCUUCUCCCCUCCCUUCCGCGCUUUCCUCCUGCACGUCCCCACCCUCGAGCACCCCUUCGAUUCGUGGACUGGCGAUGGCGGCCAAUGCGUGCGUUCGCUUGCAUAAAUUGGGGCGGGAACAUCCUCAUGUCGUUGCAUCUCUCUCAUCGUGUCCACCUCCAUGCGACGCUGUUCCCGCCGAUGCACUCACAGCGAACGCCGGAGGGAAUCGGCCUGUCCGUCUUGCUUCGUCGGCGGUUUCGCUUCCCGAAGAGGAAACGCAAGAGGAACGAGACGCGCGGCCCACCAAAGAUAAGGCCGCUUCGCGUCAGCGUGCUGUCGCGCUGCGGGCCUCCGCCGCGCCGGCUCUGCCUUCCCUUCGCGACCUCCGCGAGUGUCUCCUCACGCUUCUUCUGUCGAUCCAAAACUGGGAAGAAGCCGCCCAAGGAAUGAAUGAGCAAGACGCGUCUCUCUUGGUGCAUGCAUGCGCAACAGCGGACCUCUUCUUUCCUCCGCUUUUCUCGGCACUGUCUACGCGCCUCUCGCCGCCUACGCGCGGAACUCCGGAGACACGGCACCACACUCCAGCGGAAAAGAGCGACACGAGACAAGAGCUACCAAACGGCAGAGACCGGCAGAACGGUAACUUGGUGGGUGUGCCUCAUCCCGCCGAUCUCUCAUCUCUCACUCUGGCGACAGACGCGCCUCCAUCUGCAUCUCAGGGUGGCGUCCCAGGCUCGCCGGGCGGCCCUCCACGAAGUCGCCCUGUCGCGUCUCUUCCAUCUGUGUCUUCGCGCCCAUCGUCUCCCUGUGGUGAGCCGGCGGCCGUGCGGUCGCCUCUCUCCCCGCCGGCUGCUUCCCUCUCUCCACAGUUUGUCUCCCCGCCUCCAUCUCAAUUGCUUCUCUCGCUUCCCCUUCCUCCCCUCUUGCCGCGUUCCGCCUCUUCCUCUCUGCCCCUCUCUGGUGCUGCCAAUACCGCGCGAACUGCUCUUCCGCGCCGCUCCGCAAUCUCACAGGCAGACCAUCCCCAGGAGUCCUCAGGGACUGCAGAUCAAGCACCCCUUCGCGCAACAGAAACAGCGAGGGAGCUCACAGAGCACAGAGAAUCCGAUGGCGACUUUCUCGCUUCGUUCUCGCCCCAGGGCCUCAGUCUCCUCCUUCACGGCUUCGCCGCUCUCCGCGUCUCUCUGUCGCCCGCGCUGGCUGCCCGUCUCGCGCGCUCUGUCCUCGCCACACUGCAUGCAACCAGUCAGGCUGAGGCAGUCGAAAGUCUGCACAGGCGCGAACGUGAGAAGCCGGAAGACGCGAGAAGCUCAGAAGGUGGCGCACGUGGCAGACGAAACGCUUGGCAGGGCCGCGGGGCGCAGAACGCCGAAGAAAAACGGACGGGGGCGCCAGUGCUGGCCGGAGACGGGACGUGUUUCCACGAGCACCGCGUGAGCAACGCGAGAAAGAGAGCGGAAGAGAGCACAGCUGCCGACGCAGGAGAGUCGGACAGUGGAGGCCGGCGAGGGGAGUUGCAAGGAGGUCGCGGCGAGUCCGAGGCGUCGAGCGGGGCGAGAAGGCCACGGCAGGACACGAAGGACGAAGGGAAGAGAGGCGGGCCAUCAGGUGUAUGUACACCCAAACAGGCAGUCCGGCUGGUGUAUUCCCUUUGCGAGCUUCCGGAUGUGCCUCGACCUCUUGCAAAACAGGCGGCCGUGCUUCUCUCCCAAGGGAGGCUGAGAACAAACCCAGAGGCCUUCUCCAUUCAAGGCAGAUUGCUGGCACUUCGAUGUUUCCUUAGUUUCGACGUCCGCGAACCAGAAGGCAUGCAUAACCACCUUGCGCACUUCCUGGCUGUCGCUACGCCGCAGGGUCUCGCCAACGUCUUCUCAGCAGUCGCCAAGCUGGACGUCGGCAGAACUGUUCUUCAUGCAAACAGCCCUCUGGAGUCGCUCUCUGCCGCCAGCGCUCAUCCGUAUACUGGGGGAGCUCGCGGCGAUUCGCGCUACGCGGACGUCUGGCUUGCAGCAAGUUGCUCUCGUCUCCUUGUAUCUCAACGAACGGAGCCUCGCCACGUGAUUGCUUGCUGUUUCGCGGCGGCUGCCUCGUUCGCCGGAACUCCACACUGGCAUGCUGGGUUGCUCUUCCACGCUUUCCACAUUCCCCUCGCCGGUACACCGGGGAGAGGGCGUGAAGCCUACGAAGGAGAAUCGCCGGCGGAGUCUCCUGCUGUGUCCCGAAAAUGUGUUUCACCCGACCGCGGAACUCCAGACGCCACAUGGACAGCAAGACUCGGCCAACAUUCACUGUUCAGCCUUCUCACUUCUCACUCCGAAACGCCCACCCGUAGCUCCAUUCGAACGGGCACUUUCCCUUCGUCUGCGAUUCCUACCAGCCAGGCACUGGCGCCACAACUUUUGAAGGCUGACACCACGCAUUCAGAGGCUUUCGUGUCCCGUGAACAGAGCCCAUCCACACUUCUGGGCGAUGCGGAAUGUCGGAUUAGGCGUGCCUCCAGCAAGAGAGCGGAGGGAGAAGAUAAGCAGAAACGCGGAGGAAGUGGGAAACAGGGUGGUCCGCCAUUGCAGGAGCGCCGCCGAGACCCUGUGUUUGCUACCGACAGAUCGACGCCUGCUUUAGGGUUAGUGACGCCAGAGACGAUGGAUGAACCGGCGACGGUACAGUCACUGAGUGCGUGCGGUGUGACUGUACAAACUGUGUCACAGCUUCAGGCUGUACUUCUCCACCUGGCCUUCGAGUUCGGCGAUUCAGGAGGACUCUCGUCUCUCCACUCACGCGUCCUGCGCGCGGCUAUUUCCCUCCUGGAUUGUUUUCUCCACGCUUCCCUCCCUUACGCUCACCUCAGGGAAGAGGCAUUGCAUCAAACGAAGACAGGCAGUUCCUUUCUGGAGAGUCCCGGCGGCACAACCACAGACCUAGAGCGAUCUUGGGGAGAACAUGCGAGGGCUUCCUUGCCUGCUCACGAGAGGGAAAUCUGUGGAGCGCAGACUUCUUCGUUUGCUUCGUGCGAGAGAGUCAAGGGUUUGUGUCCGCAGCCACUCUUGCAGGACGUCUUUCGCCCCCCCAUAAUGGAAUCUGAAGCCAAGGGACGGCAGUCGGAUUUGAGAGGAAACUCCAACGGCCGCAGCGGGAACGAGGGUGCGAUUCCCUUCGAUCCUCAUUAUGAGGGUUUUGCCAAUCGGGUCAAGUCAUCUCGAUUACACUGCGAGGUACUAGACGCGUUGCGUGGCGUUGUAAGGGUGCGGCGAAACUCUGCAAGCUACGGAGGCGUGCUGAACCACUCGCAGAAUCUUGGUCCGUGUCUGCUUGUGUCCGAGGCACUGAUCCCGCCCUAUGUAGUAGACAUAGCGGUCCACCCUGUGAGCCGUUACCGUGGCAGCUCUGAGCUGUGA